AGUCCCAAGUUGAUGCUGGCCAUGAGGCGCAGUCUCGAACACAACGGCUGGACCUGCGAUACGCACUUCCAGCAUACACCGGUACGCUGUAAUUAGUCGACUUCAUGCGAAGGCGCAAUCAGCUCUACUUGGUGACGCUGGGCCUGCAUUUGGUUCACUCUGUCCAAACCAGCUCAAAAAUGAGCGCUGCGCUACAACCGCAGACAGUAAGACAAGUAACACACUUACCUCGGCGGCAGAAGGCGAACGCACGCAGCCAGUCACGGGCUGGUAGGUCCCGCAGUGAGCGCAGACAAGUGUUUACGCCAGCAAAGCAGCACGCAGUGGAAGAAGCAGUAGUAGCGGUGGUUUUGCAGCACGUAGUAGAAGAAGCAGUGAUACCGCUAAAUGCGACAUGGGUGGCGAGCGACGCAGAAUUCGCGCGUAUAAAACCUGGCAAUUCCCUCGCUUCGACAGUCUGAUACGCUCCACAAUCUCUCGACAGACCAAAACCCAACACACCGACGGAAUCUCAGGCGCUACCAAGUCAUCAAACAUCUUGCCUU